ACUUACUGUUUACUCCCUACUCAUAUAUUUAUAUCCCAAUUAUCCAUUUAAAUCUAGUCAGUAUCAUAUUGUGACAAUGGACGUUGUACUGCUUUCAAAUAAAAAUGGCAUCACCGCGUCUUGCUGUUUCGACUUUGAGUCACCGUGGUAUAUCGCCAAAGAUAGUCAAAAAUUUAUUGAGUCCCAGACAAUGUCGCAGCCCGCAAAAAAUAGAGAGAGAUUCACUGAGUCCACGCAACGAAAACGAUGUCAGGAUAGCUAUUAAAAAUCGAAUUGUCUCAUUUAAUAUAGAUACACCGAAUUGUAAAAAAAUAGUAAAUGAUGAUUUAUCGAAUGAAAAAAAAAUUUUACUUGGUUGCGGUAGUUUUGGAACUGUUUAUAAAGCAACGUAUAGAGGUAAUCAAGUGGCUGUUAAAAUAAUGGAACGUAAAAAUCUCCAUGAUACUCAAGUAGAAGCAGAAAAACAUGCUUCUUUAUUACAACAUUCUAAUAUUGUAAAAAUUAUUAAAGUAGAGCAAGGUUCUGUUUGUUCAUUGAUUACUAUGGAACUCUGUAUAAUGUCGUUGCAAGAUAAAUUAGAUAAAAUGAAAUUACCUUUGAUUGAAAGAAUCAAAAUAUGGAGCGCAGUAGCUUCUGGUUUAGAUUUUUGUCACAAUGCAGGUAUUGUUCAUGCCGAUGUUAAACCAAAAAAUAUCUUGAUCGCACCUGAUGGUCAACCUAAACUUUCUGAUUUUGGAAGCUCAAUUAUCACACACAAACCAAUUGAGCGCAUUAGUUUUCGUGGAACUCCUGGGUACGUAGCACCGGAAGUGAUAAAAGGUUGUAAUCCAACAGUUAAAUCAGAUAUUUAUUCUUUAGGAAUUAUAGCAUGGCAGAUAAUCUCAAGAAAAAUUCCUUUUGCGACUCAUCAUCCGCAUACCACGCUAUAUCUUACUGGUAAAGGUGUCCGACCUGUAGAUGAUGACGUUGAUGAUGGGUGCAAUGGUACUUAUAAGAAUCUUUAUAGAAAAAGUUGGUCACAGAAUCAAGAAACUAGACCGAAUCUUGAUUUUAUUAUUUUUCAAUUAAAUAACUUACUGAAGCAAAUUAAAACACCAACGUAAUUUAUCAAGAAAAAUUUAUUAUGGAAACUAAUUAUUAAAGUCUUAUAUAAGUAUUGGUAAGGAUUAAAUGAAUAGAAGUGUUUUUGUUUCAUGUUUCUGGCAUCUCUCCUCCAGGAACCAGCUGUAAAUAAAUUAUUAAAUUUUUUAAUUACAAAAGACAGGUCAAAUAUUUAUCGUUUCUUGAUAAAUAUAAUAAAUAGAUUACCAUUGUAAUGUUACUUCCAUUAAGAAGAAUUUGAUCAAGCUUUGUAACUCUACGACCUUCCGGGGUAGCUUCACUUUCUGUAACAUCCUCCAGGAGCAUAUUAACAAAGUCAUCGAAUCCUUGCAAGGUUCCAACAAUU